CGGCUCUCCUGGCGUCUGGUUCGCGGCGCUGCCCGGGAAGUUGGCGGAGAUGGAGUGGCGGGUGCGGGCGUGCGUGGCUCUGUGCUGGCUAACAGGUCUGGCUUUGGCCGUCCAGGUGUCGGUGCCAGACAAGAGGAAGGUAGCUCUGCUGUUCCAGCCCACCGUGUUACGCUGCCAUUUCUCCACCUCCUCCCGCCGGCCAGCUGUGGUGCAGUGGAAGUUCAAGUCCUACUGCCAAGACCGCAUGAGCGAGUCCCUGGGCCUGUCGUCCCCACGCACCCAAUCACUUAGCAAGAGGAACCUCGAGUGGGACCCCUACCUGGACUGCCUGGACAGCAGGAGGACGGUGCGCGUGGUUGCCUCUAAGCAGGGCUCAGUGGUCACCCUCGGCGACUUCUACAGAGGCAGAGAGAUCACAAUCGUCCAAGAUGCGGACCUUCAGAUCGGCAAACUCCUGUGGGGAGAUAGUGGUCUCUACUACUGCAUCAUCACCACCCCGGAUGACCUGGAGGGCAAGAAUGAGGAUUCGGUGGAGCUUUUGGUGCUGGGCAGGACAGGGCUGCUUGCUGAUCUCUUACCCAGUUUUGCUGUGGAUGUUAUGCCAGAGUGGGUGUUCGUGGGCCUUGUAGUCCUGGCAUCAGCCUGGUGCUCCUGCUCGUGGGGAUCUGCGUGGUGCCAGUGCUGCCCGCACAGCUGCUGCUGCUACAUCCGCUGCCCCUGCUGCCCAGGCACCUGCUGCUGCCCACAGGCCUUGUAUGAAGCAGGGAAAGCAGCCAAGGCAGGGUACCCGCCCUCCAUCUCAGGGGUUCCUGGCCCCUACUCCAUUCCUUCUGUUCCCUUGGGAGCAGCGCCUGCAGCUGGCAUGCUGAUGGACAAGCCGCAUCCACCCCCGCUGGCACCAAGCGACUCCAUUGGAGGAAGCCAUGGUGUUCGUAAAGGGUAUCGACUCCAAACCGACAAGGAGAGGGACUCCAUGAAGGUCCUGUACUACGUGGAGAAGGAGCUGGCUCAGUUCGAUCCUGCCCGGAGGAUGAGAGGCAGAUACAACACGACCGUCUCAGAGCUCAGCUCCUUGCACCAGGAGGACUCUGGCUUCCGUCAUUCUUACCACCAGACACGCAGCAAGCCCUUCCCUGUGGCUGGGGACUUGGACAGUGACCCCGAGUACUGGGCCAGCGUCAUGGGGAAUGGCAGCGGGGUGAGCCGGGCCAUGGACUACAGCAAAGAAGACCGGGGAAGCUUCCGGCACAGCCAACCACGCGCCAAGUCGGAGAUGCUGUCAAGAAAGAACUUCGCCCGGGGGUGGCCCGCCGUGUCCAUGGACGAGCUGGCGGUGCUGGCCGACUCGUACGGGCCCCCGCGGCCGCGCCGGGCUGAUGGCAGCCUCCACGAGAGUCGGACCGGGAGCCGCCUGGAACGCGCAGACCCCACGCACGGGGCCGAGUAUUACCCGCGGGGCCGCGGCCGGGAGCCCCCCGACACCGCCGAGCGCGGCUGGGCCUACAGUCCCGGACGCCGGCGGCCCGACGCCGCCCUGGACACGCACCUGCCGCGCCUGGUGAGCCGCACUCCAGGGCCCGCGCCCAAGUGGGACCACGCCGCGCCACGCGCGCCAGAGUGCCAAGCCCGACCCGAGGGCGCAAGCCGCGGGGGCAGCUGGAGACCGCCUUCCCGGCUCAGCGCGCGCCUGGGUCCACGCAGCGCCUCCUACUACGCCUGGUCCCCGUCGGGCCGCCACCACGACGAUGAGGACGAUGACGACGAGGAGGACGACGACGAGGACGACGACGACGACGGGGGCGAGGACACGUUGCCGCCCUACAGCGAGUGCGCUCUGAGCAGAGGCCCGUCGAUCCGCAGCGCACGCGAGCUGCAAUUUCACACGGCCUCCGAGAAGCGGAGGAAGGAGACGGGCAAGAAAUCGACAAAGCAGUGCCUGGGCAGAAGAACCAUCCAGAGCACUGGUGUCACGAGGGUCUCUAGCCUGUGGAAGGAGGACUUGAAGGACAGUGCUGCAGGUACCGGGCCUCGCAAGCUAUAG